AGUCGGUGGCAGCCAACAAGAAAAUGGAGUCAUGAGGAAAACAAGAUGUUAUUCAAAUAGAGUCAUAUGUACCGGGUAGACUCUUAGUAUCUUUCUGUAGAUUAAUAGUAUGGUCGUGUCUCUUAAUGAACACCAUCUCUGCCAGCUCACGCUUUCGCAAAUGCGUCUCCUAAUGCAAGAUGUUAAUAUUUUGCCAAUCAAAACAAUGGCCAUUCAACGCGCUGUGUCUGCUAACCACUGACCAACAAUCCCGGCUCUUCCUUAUAUCGGAUCUAUGCUCUUUAAUACGCUCUUCUAGGUGCCUCUUCGUCUGCCCGAUGUAACACGCAUUACAGUCUGAACAAUUCUGAAUUAAUUCUGUAUACUACUCCCAUUUUUCUGCCUUUCUCAAUAUAAUCCUUACAACGUUUGAUGAAACAAUCCAAUUUAUUAGGGACCAUGUAAGCAACAAAAAGUCCACAACUCUUCAAUAUUCAAUGUUUCACUAAUCCCUCGAACAUAUGGAAUAGCAAUAAAACUUCUCUUCCUUUCCAUAUUAUUAACCGAGUUAACACUUCCAUUGCUCACACUACUCCCAUACCUAAUAUCAUGUAAUCUUCUUGCAAUGCGUCUUUGGAUGAAAUCAUGUGGAUAAAAAUUAUUGGUCAGGAUUGUUCUAACGAUAUUAAUAUUACUUUCAUGGAAUCUACUAUCCGACAACAACACUGCUCUGUCAACCAGGCUAUUCACAACACUAGCCUUAUGCAUCAUAGGGUUACCACCUAGAAAAUUGAUAUAACGGCCAGAAGACGUUGGUUUCUGGUACCAAUUAGUAAUCAACUUUCCAUCAUUACGGAUGACUGUCGUAUCCAGAAAAUUCAGAGACUCACCACACUCUACCUGCAAAGUAAACUUUAAUCUAGGAUGAUGUUUCAUGGCACGUGGCACUGGUGGUCAGUACUCUUACUGCUCCUGUUGGCCACGCGACUCCUCUCUGUCUAUAGUCAAUGUGGAUCAUAUACUCGACAAGAGCGGCAAGAAAACCAAGACGAGCAAAGCAAACUAGCACUUUACAAAGUCAGUUUAAGGACCUACUGGUCAAGAGCGCGAUUUCCGCGACAUUAUCCAGAAUGGAAGCCUCCUGCACAAUUUGGCAAAUUAUUCGGUCGAACGCAUGACUCGUCCUACAUCUUGUAUAGAUUAAGCGAGAAAUUGUCCCCGGGCGCUCAAUUGUAUGUGGAAACUGGAAGAGUGGACGAGCUGGACACAGAUGGAGACCCUAAUAUUCUGCACUCAUUCAUCGGUGCGCCAGUUCUUCGAGGCGAAGGCACAAGUGUCACUCGAGUCUUCUUAGAUAGCAACCAUACUUUGAUUAGCAUUAUGGCACGCAUCAAUCCUAGCCCCGAUUGGUUUGUAGGAGUAGAUUCUUUCCAGUUGUGCGUCGAUGGUAAUUGGGUCGACACCGUUACCGUAGAGCUUGACCCAUUCGAUGGAGGUACAGAUAAUGGUUUCACUUUCACGGCUACUAACUGGCCGACACAACCAAAAGGAAUCGUUUACAGAAUUACAUCCAGAUAUCCGGCACAUCCUGCAGGAAGCUUCUACUAUCCGAAUCUACUUCGUCUACCGCCAAUAGCUACUCUUACAUUUACCAAGCUGCAUGAAUAUACCCUGACUGAAUCGUGUCAUGAAAAUAACAUUGAGGUGAAAUUUAUCAAUAAAUUACAAGCAAAUAGCGCAACUCCUAGAGGAAUUGAUCCGAACAAGUAUAUAAAUAAGGAUAUUGCCAAGAAAUGGAGAAAAAUGGAUAGCCAAAGAUAUAGAUACUGGGAUUCGACUGGGAAUAGCCAAGAAAUAAUAGAUAUUCCGCAGAACAACAAAGCGAUAAUCAUCAAUAGCAUUGCUUCGUCAUACGCGUUACAGAGGCCAAGAUAUCUUGCAACUUCAAAACUCGUGACCGGUAGUAACAAGAGGUAUAGUGAAACAGGAAAAUUUGGUUGGCCAUACUAUCAAGCGUAUAAGCAAACGGCGAAAACGCAAAAGGCACAAUUCUACAAUGAUAUCCAGAGAAAGAUAGUCAAUGCGUCAAAUAUGUCAAAUAUAGGUUACUCAUUUCUAAACAAUGCAACCAGUUUGACGGAUCAGCGUGAGCACAGAUUGCGAGUAAAGCAUCAUGGAUUGAUAUCCAAAGGCAAACGAAUUAGAACACAUGCACCGAGAGAUUGUAAGAUCAGCGAGUGGGGUCCGUGGAGUGCGUGUAGUCGUAGCUGCGGAGUGGGCGAAACCCAAAGAAUGCGAAAAAUAACGAUAAAGCCGCGUCGGAGUGGUGCAUCAUGCCCACCGCUAAAGGAGACAAAAUGGUGCGGCAGUGCUAAUCCGUGUUCGGAGAGCAAACCAAUCAACUAUCACUGGUAGUCAUUACCUGCGGCUGUUCUAUUCUCAUCACGCGUAUAUCAAAGUGAUUCGCUUACGGACACAAUACCGUACGAAUAGCAAGACUAGCGAAGUGCGAGAUACUUGCGAAAAAUGCACUCUGGGAAAAAUGUGAUCAAUAUCAAAGAUUCAAUUAACGCAGAAUAAUAAUAAGAAAUGAAUUUGUUGGAAAUUAAUAUCUUUUAUAUAUCAAUGGUCGCAUAAUGACGUAAUUAGUGAUAUACUUACAGAAUAUACGUUAGAAAAGGUAGUAAGUUUGCGUGGUUUGACAAUAUAUAUUAUCCUAAAAUUACAACGAAAAUAAAAAAUAUCUGACAUUUUAAAAAGAUUUAGAGGGUUGAAAGAAUUAGAAUAACUAUUAUAGUAUAUUGUUGGCACUGAGUAAUAUAAUAACACAUUUACGCAGAUUUACGAUUAUGACGAUCAUACAUCAAUUCUGAUAAUAAAUAAAUCUAUUACUCUUCAA